AUGGUCAAAAUCGACGAGACUCCGGAGUAUGGGCCUCAACAAUGCCCGAGCGGGGAACAGAUUGUUGUUACAGAAACCCUCCAUCAAACUGUCGAGCUAGAAAAUGGGCCGUCAGCCUCCCCACCGCGUUCUCCAUCGCCGGCCGGAUCGGAUUUGUGGAGGAAUACGAACAACGAUCUCCUCGACAAGGCCUCAGAUAUGUUGAACAGCUAUUCUCCACUUCAGGUGUUGAAGCUGUUAUUCCCCGGGAUGCCGACUCCCCCGGCUUCAUACGGCGAUCGGGCAAUUCUGUCCAUUCUUUCUGAGUUGAUCGAUCAGCCGCCAAUCAGAAAGAAGCUGCCCGACUUCAACACAUUCUCCGAUGCCGUUGAACUGUUUCGGCGUUCGAAGAAGAUUUUGAUGUUAACGGGUGCUGGCGUGUCUGUCAGUUGUGGAAUCCCCGAUUUCCGCUCGAAAGACGGCAUCUAUGCUCGAUUACAUGUCGAUUUCCCGGAUCUUCCCGACCCGACAGCCAUGUUUGACAUCUCGUAUUUUAGGCGAAACCCCGCGCCGUUCUUCGAUUUUGCCAAGGAGAUUUUCCCGGGUCAAUUCGAGCCAUCGGUCUCGCAUAAAUUCAUCAAAUGUUUGGAGGAGAACGAGCAGUUGUUGAGGAAUUAUACGCAGAAUAUUGACACGCUGGAGAGGCAGACGGGCAUUACGAGGGUUGUCGAGUGUCAUGGUUCAUUCUCGAAAGCGACCUGCCUAACUUGUGGGAUGAAAUACCCCGGAGAAGCGAUAAAAGAAGAUGUGAUGGCCAAGCGUGUUGCCAGAUGCACGAAAUGCAAGCGGGGCAUCAUCAAGCCGGAUAUCGUGUUUUUUGGAGAGGAUCUGGGCCAUGAUUUCCAUCAGCAAAUGGCCCUCGAUAAAGAUCAUGUCGAUUUGGUCGUCGUUAUUGGCUCAUCCCUGAAAGUGCGCCCGGUGUCUCUGAUCCCAUUUGCCGUCAGCCCUGAUGUACCGCAGAUUCUCAUUAAUCGGGAGCCACUGUCGAACUACACGGCGGAUAUCGAGCUGUUGGGCAAUUGUGAUGAUAUCAUUACAAAUAUAUGUCUCGAAUUGGGAGGGCCAUUUCAGAAAUUGAUUGAUGAACAUGACGCUCGAAUCAGCGAGAAAAACGGAGAUGCCGCCGCUAAGCCGACAAAUCGAACGAAGCUGAAUGAAAUUGCCGUCGAGAAAUUUUACCAGAUAAUGCAAGAUAUCGAAGAAAAGGAGAUGCAACAGGCUUCAUCAUCAUCUACGGAUGGACAAGAAGAUGAAGAUAGCGCCUCCAGCCCGAAAAAGCCGCGGCUCGAUCUGCCGGUGGCACGACGACACAUUCCCAUUGACGCUCAGCUGCCCAAGGAUUCGUACUUUAGGACAUCUACGAACCGGUGUGUAUUCCCGGGAUCAGAGUUGCACUAUGAUUUGGUGCAGAAGAGAUGUGUCGUCAUCAAUCAUCAUGUCAAUUAUACCAAUAGAAACGGCUGGUCGAGUGAUGACGAUGAUAGCGAUGAUAGCAGUGACAGAUCGAUUCGAGGCGGGAGUGAACCCGCUGUUCAGACGUGUGAAAACGAGGAUCGCGAGGUGCGUUCCCUAUCCUGUGCCCCAGCGUUGGACAUCGAGGCGAAGAUGUCGGCCGAGAAGCAGAGAGAAGAGCUCAGCGCCGCAUUCUGCCAAUCUGACGAUUCUUCUGAUGAUGGAGACGCCGAAAUGUUGAAUGAUCAACUUAUUGAUCUCUUC